AGUCGACCAACGCAUUAUCAUGUGCUGUAUGAUGAAAAUAAAUUCACUGCAGACCAGCUACAGACUUUGACCAAUAACUUGUGCUACACUUAUGCGAGGUGUACUCGAUCUGUCUCAAUAGUUCCUCCUGCCUAUUAUGCACACUUGCUAGCUUUCCGCGCUAGAUACUACAUAAGUGAAGUUGAAAAUUCUGAUUCUGGUUCUGCAAGUGGAAAUAGGAGUGCCACCAACUUUGUGUCGACGCUGCCAUCUAUCUUGGAAAACGUAAAAGAAGUAAUGUUUUACUGUUGA